AUUAGCCUUGCCUAGCUUGCAUGAGCUUUGGGGAAGGGCUUCUUUUUUUUUUCUUUCUUGAGAGAGAUUGAGAUAGAGAGGGAGCUACGAGAGUUCCCUUGAAAUACCCUUCUUUUCUUCUUCCUGUCUCUUUUCUUUGUCACUUAGAGAGUUUAAUUUUGUUGAAGAAGAUAUGGGUCUUAUGAACUCUCAUCAUCCAUUGGCAUUCACAUUUGGAAUUCUAGGUAACAUUGCCUCAGUCUUGGUGUACCUGGCUCCACUGACAACAUUCCACAGAAUUUACAAGAAAAAAUCAACUCAAGGCUUUGACUCUCUGCCUUACCUAGUAGCUCUAUUUAGUGCAAUGCUAUGGCUUUACUAUGCAAUGCUCAAAAAAGAUGCUUUCCUUCUCAUCACCAUCAACUCAUUUGGUUGUGUCAUUGAGACCAUUUACAUUGCCACCUUCAUGGCUUAUGCAACAAGAGACAGCAGAAUUUCCACGAUCAAAGUUCUUGCUUUUAUGAAUAUGGGGGCAUUCUCUUUGAUCAUUCUCCUUGCACAUUUUCUCUUUGGAGGUUCGACCCGCAUCGCGGUUCUUGGUUGGGUUUGUGUUGCUGUUUCUGUCAGUGUUUUCGCUUCCCCCUUGAGCGUUGUGGCACAAAUUAUAAGGACAAGGAGUGUAGAGUUCCUGCCAAUCAAUUUAACGUUCUUCCUUAUACUAACUGCAGUUGCAUGGUUCUUCUAUGGCCUAUUCAUACAUGAUCUCUGUGUUGCUCUCCCGAAUGUCAUUGGUUUCAUAUUGGGACUACUUCAGAUGCUGCUGUAUGGGAUCUACAGGAAAACUGAAAGUGUUGAAGAGGAGAAGGAAAUUCCAGAGAACUUGAAGAGUAUUGUGAUUCUUGGAGCAAUAGGGAAUUCAGAGGUCUACCCUGUGGAUGUCGAGUUAUAUAGCAAAGAGAGCGACGCGAAUGGAAACGAUGCUAAGGAAGAGAAGCAGAUUGAGGAUCAAGAAAAGAAGAAGGAAAACCAGAAUGAAAAUGUCAAGAAAGAUAAACAAACAGAGGAGCAACACAAGUGCAAGGAAGAUGAAAGCCCAGUGUGAUUUACCCAAGUCUUUUAUGGCAAAAAGUUGUAUUCUCUAGUGCCUUUCCAUGUUUUGUAUUCUGUCUCUCUGUAUUUCUGACAGUCUCUGUGUCUUUCCUCCAUCUUCUUACAUACAUGCAUGCUUAAAUAAUAUUUACUUUCACUUU